AUGUCAAAAGUUACAUUUAAAAUCACAUUAGCAUCUGACCCAAAGUCACCAUAUAAAGUAAUAAGCGUUCCAGAAGCAACACCAUUUACAGCUGUAUUAAGAUUUGCAUGUGAACAGUUUAAUGUACCAUGGCAAACAUCAGCAAUUAUUACAGAGGAAGGUAUUGGUAUUAACCCAUCUCAAAGUGCAGGAAACGUAUUUAUAAAGCAUUCAUCAAAUUUAAAAGUUAUAGCACGUGAUAGAGUAGGAAGUUUAUUUAAUUAA